GAGACCACGUGAAAAAUUCUUUAUUUCGAGUUGUUGCUGUUGAAGGAUGCCUUCCGCCUCUACCAAGUCCGAUAUUAAACCCCCCGUGGACCCCACGGAGGGGGUCAAGCAAAUCUUAAAUAUAGUCGAUAAGAAAAUUAGAAAUCUGGAGAAGAGAAAGGGGAAACUAGAUGUGAUCAGGGAGAAGAGAGAUAGUGGCAAGGAACUCAAUCCUGAUCAAGUCGAAGCCGUCUCUCGCUAUGAUCAGGUGCUGCAGAAUCUCGAUCUGUCAAGAGAGUUUCAGAAGCAGUUUACUGACCAACUCGCUGUCACGGAAAAGUUGUGGAAGAAACAACAGAAGCGUGAGAAGAUGGAGCGAGCACAGGAAGAGCAGCGACGUGUGCACGAGGUGUUAACCGUGCAGAAUGUGCUUGAUUCCAUGGGUGGCGAGACUGCGAGGGAAGACUUCAGCAAGGGACAUCAUGGAGCUGUGCAACUCUCUGAAGACAACUUGAACCAACUUGAUGAGCUUUACAAGUUAAUUAGUCCAACUCGUGAUGAUGAGGAAUCACCUUUUAAAGAACAGCUUGUGUCGUCGUCGGAACACUUUUGUAAUCUCCUUGAGGGAAAGGAAAAAGAUGUGAUUGGAACAACGUACAAGGAACUGAAGAAUGUCGUUGAUAAGAUUGUGGCGUGUGGAUACCUUGACAGACCGAGGACUGAAGAGGGGGGUGAAGAGACACUGGUUGUGGAGACAGAGGAAGUGGCCGCCCCACCUCAACACGAACAACAAGUUGCUGAAAUAACAGAAAACGGACAAAUAGAAGAGGAAGUUCCUGGCACUGUUGAGUUUGGUGGAAGUGAAGAAGCUGAGAUGAUCGAACCAGAGCCAACAGAAAUGCCAACACUACACACUGAAGUUCUGACACCAGAGGCGCAGCCUGAAGAUCAACUAGAAGCCGCACUUGGCGGAGGUAACACAGAGUCUGAAGUGGUCGACGAUGCAUUUUUCUCAACAGCUUUCCAUAACAAGCAACGGCCAUUCAAUGAAAUAGUCUCAUCGGUGCAGGGAAACUUUAACUUUCUCCAAGAUUCACAAAUAGAUCUCGAGACGAGUAGAUCACCACAUAUGGACCCCGCAGUGGUAGCGGCUCACCCCAUGCCACAGAGUUUGUCCCAUCAUCAGACAGAUUCAAGUUUAACGCAAGGUCUGACUUCUCAAACGUAUCAAAGUUCAACGUACGUCACAGGAGAUAAAGAGACGGAUUCACAAAAAUCGUCCCAGCAAUCUUCGCAUGUUACGUCUCAAACAGGAGCACCCUCUUUAGUCAACCAGAGUGAACUAGACAAUACAUAUUCGCAAAACUACGCCAGCCAUUUGUCACAUAGCCUACAGGAUUCUUCACUACACUCUAUGGUGAAUCAAUCAUCGGAUUUAACAUCGCACGGUUCACAGUCUGCAUCAACGAUUGGACAAACGAGCCAUGCGCCAAAUACAGAAACCUCGGUGUUACCGCCACAGCCGAUACCAAUGCCGAAUCAAACAUCUUUAGGACAGACACCCAGCCAGCAGGAGUUAGCCAACCAGGAAAAGAAGUUUUCAAUGAAUGCGAAUGCGGCUGUAUUCCACUCUAUCUAUAGUCAGCAGACGGGAACCUACCAGCCUGGACAAGACACGACGGCGGAUGGUAGUAAUCAGCAGGACAAGGAUGACAAUACUCAGAGAGGACAAAACGACUACCAGUCGAGUUACAACAACUACGGACGCAUGAACAACAACAACCGAGGAGGUCGUGGCAGCCGGGGAGGUGAUCGUGGUGGUCGGGGAGGUAGCAUGUCAAACGGCUACAACUCGCGCGGCGGAAACAACAACAGCCGAGGAGGUGCACCGUUUAGUAACCGGAGCAUGAGUGGAAGCAGUGGUUUCAACGGUGGCGGCCGUUCAGGCAAUAACCGAGUCGCCUACAACCAGGGUGGCAGUGGCUACCAGGCUAGGACUGACUCCUACAGGCCUGAGGGGGGCUUCCAACAAGCUGGUUAUAACAACUCCUCUUAUGGCGGUGGUUACAAGAAUCGGGGAACCAGCUCUCGGGGCUCAGGCGUGCGAGGAAAUUCCAUGCGAGGCAGUGGUGGGCCCCCACGCGGAGGUAACAACACGUGGCGCGGUGGCCGAGGUGGCAACAACGGUAAAGCCAACAUGGGUUACCAAUCUCAAGGCCAGACGAACAUGGUGUAACCAAGUGACAGGUAGCAACACGACAACAACUCACAAGUUUGAAAGUUAACGAUGGAAUCAUGUUUUGCUAUGAUGGACUACGAUGGGGCAACGCUGUGUAUUUUGUGUUUAAUGGACACAGGAUAGUGUUCGUUGAAGGAGGACUGUUGUACCCUAGGUGACAGGCCGAUAUUUAUUUUGUGAUAAUUUUCUAGGACAGAAAGACGUAAUUAAGGCUUUGUUUGCAAGAUUAAAGAUGUGUUAUGAUUUUGUUUGCCCAGAUGUAGGUCACAUCAUUUAUGGAUACCAUGGUUUAAUACAACUUUCAAACUCGUGAGUGAGAUGUUGGUUCACGACAACUUGUAGGCGUGGAACGGCACGAUCUCAACAAGCAACAACCACACUCGCAGCAGAACAAACUGAUUCUGCCCAACUAAGAUCAGAAUGGAAAUGUCAACGUCGGUAUGAAAUCAUUGACAAGGUUUGGAGGAAACAGAGGGUGUCACUGCUGUGAAACUGUUCCAUUUCAUGUACUUCUUCUUCAAGUCAUAACUUCACCUCCCCAAUUCCCUGUAUCGACUCUUCUAGUUUAAAAGCAUUUGGAGAGUCCAUUCAGGGUGUAAAGGUGGUCAUACAAGAAUCAUCUAGAUGUCUUCAAACUUGCUGUAACAUUGAUUGUCACAACUCCUGCUAACCUGUAGGAUUUUCAUUUAAUGCUGUUUAUAGACAAAAAACUAAGAAAAAAGUUCAGCCUUCCAAUCAUUCCACUAAAAGGCUUAUCUGUUUCAUAAAAAAAUCGUAAAAAUUUCCCAAAAAAGCUUCUUGAAUGCCUUCAAGUGGAAUGGUUGGUUGUUUGUGUUAGAAUAGCCGACCUCCGUUCUGAAGAGCGUUUCAGAACUGUUACAUUGUAGCAACCAAAGCCCCCCAGCUAAAUCCUUGAAUGAAAAACCAAUUCAAAAAGAUAUGCACAAUUGCAGAAAUUUUACCAUAAUGUGCUAUGCGUGAUGAGAAUUUCAGAAAUUUGUCAUCCUGAAGAAUUUAGUAGUUCCAGCUAGAAUGUCAUAUCAUUUUCACCUACAGGUCGUAAAUAAUGCACAGGGCAACUCAUAGAGGAAUUCGGCAUGCAUAUGUUUAAGAGGAAGUCUGAAGAAUUACUAUUCAGAAACAUAUUUGAAAAUUCGUAAACCAUGUAACAAUGCUAAAUAGUGUUGAUUUUCUUCUGAAAAGUAUGUGUGUGGGAGAAACUGGCUAUACUUUGAAAAGUUGUCCACAGUUGCUUCAAGGAGUAGGGGCCAGCACAUAGCGGGAGUUGUGGCAAAGCUUUUCAUUGAGUACUUUGUUCUGUUUGCAUACAUCUGUGUCGGCUAGUGCUAGCUUGAUGGCUGGAGGCUCGAGGCAAGUGUUCUGGUGACAGAAGUGUCCGCCAGCUCGAUGGCUUCCGACUCCGCUAGCCUAAUGGCUGGAGACUCCGGGAAAGUGUACUUGUGACAUCAGAAGGAAUGGACGGAGGGGUGUUGAACACUGUCACCACUUGUCCCAUGUUUUGGUUGUCACUAAGUUUAUAUUUUUUAAAUUCCAGCCAGUUUUCUUAUGUUUGUAUUCAGAAAGAAGUAAAGCAGAGAAUGCAUCGAAAACAAA